AGUCAAUAUGUGCAUUGUAUGGAAACUGGGUAAAGAAAUAAUGAUUUCCUGUAUGUUUGAAAAGAUAUAUGUGAAUGAAAUGAUAAAAAAGAAACAGGCAGACUUGAGAUAAUCGUAUGAAUAAGUUCUCUACCACUUCUGACCCAUUUAUGAUUUCUAUCCAGUCUGAACGUGAAACAUUUUUGUCCCUAACUGGGAAGUGAAUUAUGUAUUUGUAAAUUGACUGGUGUUCCGUAGUGAAGUUGUAGAAUUCUACUUUCGGUUUGUUCAGUCUGGAGUAAAGGCGCAGAAUGAGUGGAACUCAGAAGUCUGAGCAGGGUGGCUUAACAGGAGACGUAAUGACAGGGGAGGGAAGUGAUGCUAAAACGGAGGGAGAGGGAACUAAAGAUACCAAACAGGAAGACAGAUCCGGGGGCACAGAACCAGACAAAGCGGAGACCAAACAAACAAAAACAAAUAAUGGAGAUGAAAGGUAUCCACCGCCAAAUCAGGAGCCUGAUGAUAAACAGAAAGACGGAGAGGGUGAAGGGGAGGGUGGCAGGGAGGGAGAAGAAAGUUUAGCAGAUGGUGAAAACGUUUCACAGGAGGGAGAGGGAAAUCUAAAGGAUGGUGAGAAGCAGGUGAUGAAUGUAAAGGAUACUACUCAAAGUCCACCAGACGAGGGUGGAUCAAUCAAUAAGACGAAGGACGAUACUGAAUUAAAGGAUGAAACAAAAUCAGAGAAAGUCGCGCCAACAGAACCAGUAGAGGGAGACAAUAUAAAAAAAGAUACUACUGAAGCAGAACCAGAGAAAUCCAAGCCAACAAAACCAGAGAAACCCACGCCAACAGAACCAGAGAAACCCACGCCAACAGAACCAGUAGAGGGGGACAAUACAGAACAAGAUUAUACUGACACAGAAUCAAAGGGGAGAGAAAAUACUGAUCAAGAUACUACUGACGUAGAACCAGAGAAACAAAUUCCAACAGAAAAAGUAGAGGUGAUAAAAGAUACAGUUCAAGAUGAUACUGACGCAAAACCAGAGAAACUCGCGCCAACAGAACCAGUAGAGGGAGACAAUAUAGAACAAGAUACUACUGACACAGAACCAGACAAACUCAUGCCAACAGAACCAGUAGAGGGGGAUGAUACAGAAGAAAAUAAUACUGACACAGGAUCAGACAAACAAACUAGAACAGAACCAGAGGAGAGAGAAAAACCAGAACAGGAUACAACUGACACAAAACUGUAUGUGGAGGAACAGAUAUCAUCACCCAAGACACCUGACACGGAAUCAACUGCUGGAAAUACUGAGCAGACGAAAGAGCAGACGAUAAUACCACAAGCAGAAACAAACACAGGUGUCCCAGUGGUAGGCGCUGACACAGACCACCAAGGACAGAACGGCGAAGUGCCACAGGAAAAUGGCAACAAGGAGAAUCUACCAGCUGGUGACGACUUUAAUGGCGAAGAAAAACUUAAAGAAACGGUUCCAGAGCCCCAAAAAGAGAUCAAUCAGCAAGAACCUCCAAAUCAGGAGAAAACACGGUCAUUGUCGGAGACGAUGAGACCUGUUGAUGAUUCGCAUCCGGAGGGGAAUGAGGAGGAGGAUGUAUUUCUUGAUGCAAAAGAAAAGACUGAAAAUGUCAACUUUAUCUUCAUUGAAAAUCGAGACCAACAACCACUGGCUAAUGUACUGGAGAAUUGUCACCGAUAUAAAACUGAACUUCAGCUAGGCCUAGACUUAGAGGAAGCCCAGAAGGAAUAUCAAAACCUUCUAAAACGGACAAAAGAAACACAGUCCCUGGAAACAGUUUCACAAAUGCAGAAGAAUGAACCGCCAUGUGAAUUAAAUUAUGUGAAUGAAGAUGGACGCAGGGAGGCUCCGAUGCUCUAUGGCGUUAUCAGUAUUGUUUCUGAGAAAUGUCCGAUAUCCAACUGGAGGGAUGCUGUGAGAGAAUUCAUAACCUUGACAACGUAUUCUAAAUCAGAACCUCAGCGCUCGAAAAACCAGAAGAGACCACGAUCCUCCUCUGGUUACCAAAAGAAGACACAGAAGAAGUAUAGAAACAACAUAGAGAAGUUGCUUGACCAAGAGUGGCAGUCAGACUUUAUUCCUAAAUCAGCAGUGGAAUAUGAUUACCGACAUUUUUUUACCUCGGAAAGCGUUCUCAGGUCCAGCUUCCCAGACGCCUACAUUUUCGAUCUGGCCAACUCCAAGAUAAGUAGUCUGGAAGAUGUCCCCAUGGAGUUCAGAAACAGAACGCUGUGUACUUUUCUCGAGACGAUUAACAUGAAGAAGUUCGGAGUGGACCCGCGUGAGGCCUGGAGAGAUUAUGGUCGAUGUAUCCUGGCUGAGAAGCAGUUAGACUUAGCUCGUCGAGCUGUGGGACCUGAUUUGGAUAAGAACAUGUUAAUCAACAAACAGACUUAUUACAAAAUACAGAAUGAGCUGCAGGAAAAGACACAGGAAAUUGAAGAACUGUCUACCAGACUGAGUAAAUUUGCCAGCCAACAGUUGACCGAGGGCAAUCCUAACAUUGCGGAUCUGAGUGACACCCAUCGGCCAACCAGACUGGGGGAGAUGUACAGUCAGCUGUUUGAUGAUGAGUGGUCCGAGGCGUUUGAAGCCUUCAAACCUAAAAAGGAAGAAGAUGAAGAUGAUGAUGACGACGAUAUAUUUCCUGACACGCUGUUUGUCUUACAGAACAUGUUAAGGGAAAGUUUUGAAUUUUGUAAGAACCAGUCCCAAAAACAGAUGACGGAAUUGGAGGACGGGUUCGCUACUAUUACUGGGUUAAAGGAACCAAAGAAAAUUAAGAAAAAAGAAGAGGGAAAAUCAAUAGAAACCCAAACUAAUUGGGAAGAAAAAGUAGAGAGUGAAGAAAUGAAAGAAGGAGGAGGAGGGGAUGCUGGUGAUGAUAGACAAGAAACAGAUCCCUCUGUUAAUGUUGAUGCGAUGGACAAAUCAACAGAACAAUCACAAUUAUCUAACGAAGCUGUGGACAAAAGUGAGGCAAGUGUGGAAGGAGAUACCCCAGUAACAGAAGACACCGGUGAUAACAAAGAACAAAACGACACUUCAGAAAAUAAUGAUACAAACAAUGAUGUUAGUGAGAAAGACGAAGCGAAGGAGAAAACACAUGAACCGAGUCAACCUUCAGAUCAAAGCACAGAACCAAGGGACCAAAACACCCCAGCGGGACAGGAGACUAAUCCUGAAACACAGCAAACAAAUAACGGUGCUAAUAACUCUGAUAAUGAAGGAACUGAGAAGACAGAAUUGAAAGGUAAGAAAGAGGAAGUGUCACAGAUUGAUCAGAAGGGAGAUAUAGAUGGACAAGAAACAGUACCAUCCAAAGAGAUGGAUAAGAAAGAUGAUACCAAAAUGGAGAAGAAAGAGACGCCUGACACGGAUGCAACACUUCUAGAAAAGAAAGAUGAGCAAGCAGAAAUUCCAGUGAACACCAAUACAGCUGAUGAGUCUGGAGGACAAUCGUGCGAACAAACUGGAAAGGAUGGAACAUCUAAUUUAGAAGAAAAAGAGAAACCUCAAGUAGAGAAACCAGAAAGAGAAGAAGAAAGGCCAGAUGACGGACAAGAUGACAGACCGGAAGUGAAAGAAGGACAGGAAAUGGGACCAGAAGAAGCAAAGGAGGAGAUAGAAGACAGGCCAUACCGCACCGACCCAUCAUUUCCAAUGAUCGAGAGACACGCCCGAGAUUUCAGAAAGGCAGCAGCAGGCACAUCAGCUCAAACAAAGUCAAAGCUGUUCAUUGAAAUGGAACUGCCAACACUUGUGAAGGAUGAGGAUAUCCGAUCUGAUAUUCGGACCUUGAUGUACGCCAGAAAAUGUGUAGAAUUGUGUUGGUAUAUGUGUAUGCAAGAUCCGCCAAUGGUAAUCAUUACUCCCCAAAAAGGGGAAGAAAUCGAUAAGGGCUUGUUUUCUUUCCAUGGACGACGCGGGAAGACGGUAGAGGUAUGUGUGUGGCCAGCUCUUCUGCUUCAUGAUAACGGCCCCCUGGUGUGUAAAGGAUACAUCCUGCCAGAAGAGAGGAAACGAAAGAAAUAGAGUUUAUCACAUAACAAGAACACUGUAUAUCAUAUAAUUAUUGGAUGGCGCCAUCAAAAUGGCUGACUGCAACACCGGACAAUUAUACAGUGUAUAUUAUACGCAUGGCUUUUUCAACUGGGUUAUAUCAAUUUUCAAUGGUUUAUUGUACUUUUUUAUUGUUUGAAUGGAAUUCAGUGAUCAGAGAGAAACCAAUCAUAGCAUUGCUUGUGUUCGCAUUGUUGUUAUAAAGUUGUGAGUAGGCUUUACUAUCGGCCCAUUCUCUUAUUGAUGCCAUAAUACACAUUUGUGUUAAAAUCGUUAGGUCAUUGCAAAUGGUUUGAGAGAUGAAAUUUUUUUGAAUGUACAAUAUACUUUCUUUGAACUUUGACUACAUUUAUACAAGUGCUGUUUGAUAUGAUUUUUUUGUCAUAACGAUAAGACGAAAUGAGUGUUAUUUAUCUUGAAUAAUAAAUUUCAAUAUAACUUAAA